AAGCAGAUUUUCUACAUGCAAACGUUACUGGCGUCAAAAAUGGCGCCAGAUGCGAGGCGAACUUGGAGUCGAUCUACGCUGUCAAAACAAACUAUGAAUGAAAACGAAUUACUGUCAGACGCACAAGAAAUUUUAAACAUGGACCUCGGUGUUAAUCCAGAAAGACAGAGAUUCCCAUUCUGCAUCGUCUGGACUCCGUUGCCGCUUAUAACGUAUGUUUUACCGUUCAUUGGUCACAUGGGCAUCGCCACUUCUACCGGCGUGAUACGAGAUUUCGCAGGCUCGUAUCAUGUGUCAGAGGAUAAUAUGGCAUUUGGAAAACCCACUAAAUACUGGCAAUUGGAUCACACGAAAGUCAAAGGAGGUGCUCAGGCGUGGGAUAACGCAGUUACAGAAGCUAGCGAAAUUUAUAAAUCUAGAGUGCAUAAUCUAUGCUGUGACAACUGUCAUUCUUACGUAGCUACAGCACUGAACCUAAUGUCGUACAAUAAUUCAAAUAGUUGGAAUAUGGUAAAACUCGCAUUUCUUAUACUCGUGCAUGGAAAAUACGUAAGUUUUUUAGGUUUCCUUAAGACUUGGAUGCCAUUUUGUAUACUUGCAGCUGUUGUAACAUCGGUUUGUCUAAUUUAUUAAAGUUUACCGCGUGUUAACGACCGAAGACGGAAACGUUUCGUUACAGAAAGAGUACAGUCGUCGUUUAAAUUUAUUUAAAACGCGCAAUGACUUUCUAAAAUUAUACAUAUGUUACAGAUGCAUAUAACGUUGUGGUGUAUUAUACAAUAUAAACUUAAGAGUAAUGGCGAAUGGUAUAGUACAAUAUAAAUGUGUUCCUUUACGCAUCUUCUCUCGAUAAAAAUAAAUUUUUACUCGUAAACCAGA